CUGGGGCUGCCAUCAGCAAGUUCCCAAAGUUUUCCUUUUGCUCCUCAACAAAAAUCUCUCAGACUCCAUCUACUUACAGCGACUACUGCGGGAUGCUUCACUUGCUCAAUCAAACCAAACUUGAACAAGAAAAGAUGACAUAACUUCUCCACUGACCAGUACAUCAUCAAGCGACGUCGUUUGGGGCUAUACACUACUACGCAGCUGAAUCAGCCCUCCAGAUCAACGCAAGAUGAAUACACACCACAGGGGCAGUUAUACCGCACCGAAACGCUGGCACGGAUAUACAAUGGGAGGCUCCCUUCGUACGGAACACAGAGUCUAUUUCAGAAUCAGUUUGAUGUCCCCCUUGUCGUGGGAGAUGGACUGGCGUCCACAUCUCAAGGCUCGCACGAAGAACCCCACACGACCAUUCCAAUAUUGGCAAUUUCUAGACUCUGUGCUUUGUCACGCUAGACAUAUAUUUCGAGGACACGGCAAUUGCGCUUAUUAUGGGAGGGUUUCUAGAUGUUCGCAAUGCAAAAUCGAGUUCCGGAUUCAAGGUAGUGGGGUUGAAGGUGGGAAGUGGUGGGUUGAGAUGGUCUGCGGGAAGGACUUUGGUGUGGGAAAGAGUCCGUUUGCCGGGAGCUGGAGUGACCAUACAGUGGCGAGUUGGCCGAGAAGGAUGACUAUUCGCAGAUGGGAGGAAACAUCAAAUCGAGUUUGAGGAGGUGGCUGGAAAUCGCGACCGUUUGUGAGGGGGGGUUGUGGCAAACGGCCGAGGGUUAUUGGUUUGAAGUUCUUUUCCUCGACGG